AGAGGGUCUCCACCUCCACUUAUUCCUCACCGGCAAGAAGUUUGGGUGAUCCCGGAAUAACGCCGCUCUCCCCCUCGCAUAUAGCCGCGAAAGACUCGGACACCGGCUCGGCUGAUGAGCAGAACUUCUCAGUAGUUGUUGCCAUUGAUUUUGGCACCACUUCCAGUGGAUACGCCUACAGUUUCUCCAAGGAGCCGGAAUGUAUUCAUAUAAUGAGACGAUGGGAGGGGGGAGAUCCAGGAGUUUCCAAUCAGAAGACUCCAACCACAAUGCUUCUGAUGCCGGACAGAAAGUUCCACAGCUUUGGAUUUGCUGCUCGGGAUUUCUACCAUGACCUAGACCCCAGCGAGUCCAAGCACUGGCUGUACUUUGAGAAAUUUAAGAUGAAGCUGCACAGCAGUACG